GUGCUCGAAGCCCAGCCCAGGUUCGGCGUCGUCUCAAUUGCUGCUGCAAUUGAAGGCUCUCUCUCUCACUCUCUCACAAUCACAAUUCCACACUUCACUUCACUCACUCUUUCUCAAUUCCGAAUGCACAUCCCUCCCUCCCAAUUGGUGGUGGUGGUGGUGUUUCCCUACCAUGCUUCAGGCUCGUGCAUGCAUCGCGACAUGCCUCACCGACGCAGAAUUUGAAGCUUGACGUUGAGGAGGAGUAGGAGGGGGUGUGAGUGAGUGAAGGAGUGAGUGAGUGAAUGAGUGAGUGAGGGAGUGAGUGAGGGAGGGAGGGGAGCUUGAGAGUUCCAGCUCUGUCGCUUCGUCUUGCGACGGCAGCGUCUCACUGUACAGACUCGGAGAAAAUUUAAGGGUUUAUCAAGGGUUCAGUGACGAAUGUAUGGAAUCCUCUGCAGGCUGGUCAAGGGGCGGAGGAGGAGGAGGAGGAGGAGGAAAAAGGCCUUCGUAACAAAGUUCAGUAACAGGGGGACCAUGCUUCAAAGCAUGGCGUUGCAUUUAAUUCCCCAGACCUUCCUCGGCACUCGUAUACCAACCCCGUCCGAAUUUGCAUUGUCGUCCGUCACGUCGCUACCACUGCGCAAGACAAGGGCGUUGCCACGAGGAGAGAUUGAUGCUCUCGAGGCUCUUCCCAAUGUUUCUUUGUCAAAUUCUCAAGAACCCCAACUCUCCGAGGAUACGAACAAGUACGACGGUUCCUCACAAGAUAGGCUUUUAGGUCAGGAUAGGGACAGCUUAAGUUCGUCAAAUACCAGGGUAAAUUAUAGAGAUGAAUUCGACGACUCUCAGGAGAAGAAGUAUUACCAGAGGUAUGCUCCAAGAACAGCGAGGGAUGUGUGGAAAAAACCUGACAGUAGGGCUCCUGCUACGGUUGCUUUGAGUGACGCUGAGAGGAAGGGGCUACAGGAGAAGUAUAUAUGGGUUAGCCCCAAUCGGAAGAGUAAGGCUGGAGCAGCUUUGUGGUCGGAGCGUCGGCUUGCCAUGGAAACUCUGCAGUCCGCUGACGAUGUGGCUGCUACUCUUCGCGAGGUGGGCGACAGCUUGGAGAUCAUGGACCUGAAUUCUGUACUCCGACGGUUUGCGAAAAUGAAACAAUGGAGGGACGCAUGCGCGGUGUUCGAGUACAUGAAAGAGAACAAUAAACUUUCACCUCCAACCUACACAAGUUAUUUCUCUGUACUUGGCAAGUCUGGUCAAUCAAGGAAGGCAAUCCGCGUGUUUAACGAACUGCCUCUAGACAGCGAAGUGCGCAAGAACGUUUUCGUUUGCAACUCGAUAUUGAGUACUAUGAUAUAUAAUGGUAAAAUUGAUAAAGCAUUCCGUCUGUUUGAGCAACUUAAGAAGGAGGGCCUUCAACCUGACACUGUAACGUACAGCACGGUUAUUGCUGGGUGUGCGAAAACCCGAGACGGUUACUCCAAGGCUUUAGCCCUUAUAGAGGAUAUCAAAGCUAGCGGUCUCACCCAAGAUGCGGUUAUCUACGGGGCCAUGAUGAAUGUCUGCGCAUCACAAGGUUUGGACAGGGAAGCGCAAGCAACAUUUCAGGAAAUGUGUGAUGCUGGAUUUACUCCCAACCUCUUCCACUAUAGUUCUUUACUCAACGCUUAUGCUAGCAGAGGGAAAUAUCAACAAGCUGAACGUGUGCUUGAAGCGAUUCGAGCGGCUGGGCUUACCCCAAAUUUGGUGGUGUAUAACUCACUGAUGAACGCGUAUGCCAAUUGUCAAAUGCCUAGCAAAGCCCGUGAAGUUUUUGAUAGAAUUGAAGCUGAGGGUUUGCAGCGUGACAUGGUCUCAUUUUGCUCCAUGAUGGAUGCGUAUGCCAAGUCAGACAUGCUCAAGGAAGCACAAGAAACUUUUGAUUCGAUGAUUGCACAGGGAAUGAAACCAGGUAGUGUAGGAUAUAGUAUAUUGAUCUCUGCCUACGCCAAACUGGGAGAAAUGGACGGUGUUCUGAAACUGGUGGAUCAGAUCGAGAAAGGGCAGAAUGGAGAAUGUGACAUUCUGCUGUUCAACACCUUGUUGAAAGUGUACUGUAACGCUGGGUACAUGGAUGGGGUCACAGCCGUCCUCAAGAAAAUGGAUGCUGAGGGUUGUGGUUCAGAUCGUGGUACAUUCAACAUUCUUAUUGGGUACUUCGCUAAAGAGGACUUGGGUGAUUUAGCAUUGAAGACCUUGGAGGAUAUGGAAACCAGGGGACAUCGGCCGAACGAGGCAACUUACAACGCACUGUUUCAAGGAUAUGUGAAGAAUGGCAAGAUGGAAGAAAUGUUUGAAGCUUUGGAAGCAAUGAAGCAACGAGGGAUCACGCCGACUAAUUUAUCCCUACAAACUAUCAUGUUAGGAUGUAUCGAACAUAACCGGAUUGAUGUCGUGCUAGCUUAUUUUCCUUAUUUGAAGGCUACAGGAAUCGCCCUGUCGUAUAGCGUGAUGGAGAGGUUAGUAGAAGCAUUGGUAGAAACGGGACAGAUGGACGUCGUCAAGGAUGCUCUUCAUUUGAUGCAGACCACCGGGCAACAACCCUCCCAAAAAACGUGGGACCUCGUGCUGCAGAAGUACGUCUCUCUAGGAGAAUAUGAAAAGUUGUUGCAACUGUUGGAAGAGCUCAAAGAUGCAGGCGUGACAGCAAGUGCUGCCACCUACUUAGAGCUCUUGAAACAGGUCUCUGAGUCUGACAAAGGUGUCGAUAUGCUCGGCGAUUUCACGAAGUCUGUUUCUUCUCUCUAGUUAAUUACAAUUUAUUCAUUGCCCUUUUCGCUUCCCA